UCGCGGUUUAUCAGCCGAGCCGGUAAAGUCGUGGGAAGCGCGCGAGCUCGUCUGCGACAAUUCGGACAGUCUUGUAUAGCUCUCGUCACCUUAAAAAUUCAAUAUUUUUUACGGUCGACGCAAGUCGGCGACAACAGUAUUCUCUUUAUCUUUGAUCAUCCUUGAUCGGAUCGUUGAAUUUUGACAGAAGUGGAAAGGAAACGAAAAGGGUGAAAAACAUGGCGGAUAAAAUCUACUACCCCAAUCCGGAGAUCGCGAAAAGAUCGCACUGCAGUAGCAUGGAACAAUACAGGGAAAUGCAUAAAAAAUCUGUAGAGGAUCCAGUGAAAUUCUGGGGUGAAAUUGCCAAGGAAUUUUACUGGGAAACACCAGCGAUAGAGGACAAGUUUUUCUCAUACAAUUUUGAUGUAGACAAAGGUGAUGUUUUCAUAAAAUGGAUGGAAGGAGCAACAACGAAUAUCAGUUUCAAUUUGCUCGAUAAGGCUGUAAAGAACGGACAUGGAGAUAAAAUUGCAUUUUACUGGGAAGGAAACGAUCCGGAAGAUUAUUCGCGACUGACGUAUAAAAAGCUGCUCGAGGAGACAUGCAGAUUCGCAAACGUUCUCAAGUCGAAGGGUGUCACCAAAGGAGACAGAGUAGUGAUUUAUAUGCCGAAUAUUUUGGAGCAACCGAUUGCCAUGUUAGCUUGCACGAGAAUAGGGGCGGUUCAUAGCGUGGUGUUCGCAGGAUAUUCGUCCGAUUCUUUAGCGGAACGUAUACUGGACUCCAAAGCCAAAAUCCUGAUUACUGCGGAUGGUGUAUGGAGAGGAGAGAAAUUACUUCUGUUGAAAAAUAUCUGUGACGAGGCUUUGGAGAAGGUCAAGAAACAGAACUAUCAAAUCGAUUGCUGCAUCGUCGUCUCGCAUCUGAGAAGACUCAGCCAUCCUCAGGGUAAGAUGAACGGUGUGAAUGGCACUAGCAAUGGUGAUACAGAGCUGACCAAUGUUUCCUGGGAUAACGAUCGAGAUGUUUGGUGGCAUGAUGAGAUGGAGGACGCAGAGCCGAGCUGUUAUCCAGUUUGGCUGGCUGCCGAAGAUCCACUUUUUAUUCUUUACACGAGCGGCUCUACCGGAAAACCAAAGGGUCUUCUUCAUACUACCGCAGGAUUUAUGAUCUUUGCAGCGACAACUUUCAAAUAUUCUUUCGAUUAUCAUCCGGGUGAUGUUUACUUUUGUACUGCCGAUAUCGGUUGGAUUACAGGGCAUACUUAUGGGGUUUACGGUCCGUUGGGGUGCUGUGCAACGUCUGUAUUGUUCGAGGGUGUACCCUUCUACCCGGAUAAGGAUCGAUACUGGAAGGUUGUCGAUAAAUACAAGGUCACGCAAUUUUAUACGGCACCAACUGCUAUCAGAUCAUUAAUGAAAUUUAGCGAUGAUUAUGUGACGAGAAACAGUUUAGCCUCACUUAAGGUCCUUGGUUCAGUGGGUGAACCAAUCAAUUCCGAGGCCUGGCUCUGGUAUUACAAUGUCGUCGGCCACGGUAAAUGCAGCAUAUCGGAUACGUUCUUUCAAACGGAAACUGGUGGCCACGUAAUCACACCGCUACCAGGUUGCACACCUAUGAAACCAGGCUCUGCGACAUUUCCGUUCUUUGGAGUUUUGGCGGAACUUCUCGACGAAGAUGGUCACAUAGUAGAGGGCGAAGGAGAGGGGUAUCUCGUUUUUCGUCAACCAUGGCCGGGUAUGAUGCGGACGCUCUAUGGGAAUCAUGCACGUUUCCAGAGUGCAUAUUUCGAGCGAUUCAAGGGAUAUUACUGUACGGGAGAUGGAGCGAAACGCGACGCAGACGGAUAUCUAUGGGUAACCGGCCGUAUCGACGAUAUGUUGAACGUUUCCGGUCAUCUAAUGUCAACGGCUGAAGUCGAAAAUGUAUUGGCAGAACAUUCUUCGGUAGCCGAGGCCGCAGUAGUCAGUAAAAAACAUACUGUUAAAGGUGAAUGCUUGUAUUGUUUCAUUACGCCUAGUGACGGGAAGACGUUUGACGAAAAAUUGCAACUUGAGCUUAAAAAGAGAGUACGCGAAAGGAUUGGCGCAUUUGCUCAACCGGACGUUAUUCAACAUGCUCCAGCUUUACCGAAAACAAGAUCCGGUAAGAUCAUGAGACGUAUGCUGAGAAAAAUCGCAGCGGGCGACGAUAAUAUCGGAGAUACAUCUACAUUGGCCGACGAGACUGUCAUCAAGCUUCUCUUGGAAUUAAGGCCAAACGUUUAAAAUGUGUAUUUCUCGCUUAUUAUAGGAAGGAAAAUAUCUUGAGAAAAAUUUUCACAUAAUUUCGAUGAAUGUUGACAACAUGAUGCACGAUUUUCGGAUAAUUUCAUAAAAUAAAAAUAAUAUAUUUAGAUUGCACAUUGAAAAUAUCGAGUCGGUCUACGUAUUCGCACAAUAUUGGAGACGCAUUUCAUGAUCUUAUUGCAAUUAUUAAUAUAAUAAUUACAAACAUACAAAAUGUAUAAAUGAUACUGUUAUCUUUGUUUUUCGUUAAUCGAAUUCUGUCUAUUGUCACUCAAGUUUUUAGAAUGAUUAAAAAUAUGAAAGUUAUCAUUAUUCUUUUGACACGUCUCUUAUUUAUUUUCUUCCAUUUUUUUUUCAAAGAAGACAAGAGAGACGUGUCGAAAGGAUAAAUUAAUUGUUAAUAGAAUUACCGGAUAAAUAGAAUUAAUUGAUUAAAUUAUUGGUCGCUCUCCUCAAAGAGUUGCUGCGGCUGCGAUACAUAUCUUACGUAAGCAUCUCGCUAAGUUGCCUAUAAAUGUCUUUGUUAAGCUAUUUAAAUUUGAAAUUAGUUGCAAAACAGAAAACGCUCAAUACAAGAAAACUAUAGUACACAGCACGAUAGUAGACGAUAGAUAAAAGGUUGGUUGCACAAAUACUAAUAACUGUAUUACUUAACAGAUGUGAGCAUAGCACAUGACUACGUGACGCGUAUAUAUGUAAUUGACGGAUACCGCAAAAAAGACGGUAUUCUGCUUCCUGCAAUUUAGUGUAUAUAUAAUAUGUUACAAUUCUAUUUAUGUAUACACACACAGGGUGUCUAUAUUACUUGAUGUACUGUAUUUCGUUUCAAUUACAUAUUCUUUGAUAAGCUUUCGAAAUUGAGAAAUAAAUCUUCUCUCUUCGCUAUUCAAGGUAUAGCGUGAUUGAAAGAAGAUACGGAUGUACGAACGUACUUAUGAAUGAAAGUUGCCUCGUGCUCCUUUUUUGGGAGUUACGUCACAUACAUAUCAUUCCUUGCGGAACAAGACAACCUUAGGUGUGAUAAUAAAUGUAUAUGUAUUGUACGCGUAGAGAGAUAUAUAAAACAAACAACAUAAGUACAGAUAUGACUAUGUAACUAUAUAUAGACAUAUAUGUAUGUAUGUUAAGAAUACAUCAUAAAAAAUUACGAUUGUU